CCUGACGAUUAGUCGAUUGCGGUAGAGCGCGCGAUGAGGAGCGACGCCGCGGCCGAGACCGGCGACCGCUAGCUGCUACGUGUACGCAGGUGAAGCAAAGUGAUCGCGCGGCGCGCGCGGAGGGAGAGCGUUUCGCGACCGCGGUUUUAGUCGCGAGCAACGCCGUUCGGCGCAGCGGAACGGCGUGUGAGGCGAGCUGUGGCGGUGGAGUGCGGAUUCGUGCGGCGUCGACGACCCGCUGAGGGACGCGACGACACCUGCUCGGCGGUGACGAGGAGGCGCACGGUGACGCGCGUGGAUACGCGCGUAUGCAUGUAUGUACGUACAUAUGCGCGCGCGACGAACGAGCGGACUUACGUGCGUGCAGCGACGGCCAUACUCAAACAACAGCCGAGCGGAGUGCGCGGCGCUGAGAUGAAGCGAUAAUAGAGGUGAAUCGAGAGAAAGAGGAUCCCGCGGUAGGCGCGCGUGAGGCUACGAAUUGGGAAGAGAGGCGACGGCAGCUCGAGUAAGCCAGGUCGAAUCGAAUCGCAGUGUGGUCGACGUGAGCGUUCCGAUAUAUCGGUGCGCGAGGACGAGCCAACAGCAGCAGCAGCAGCAGCGGUGAAGAGAGUACGAAGGAGCGGCCGGAACGGGCGGAAGUGUGGGCCGUGCGUGCGUGUGUGCGAACGAACGAACGAACGAACGAACGACGUACGGACGUACGUAGGAAAGGGGGUAGCGGGCAGCAGCGGGCAGGGGGCCCGGGCGGUCGAGGCUUGGCGCGAGGGUCCAGUUGCCCACCGAGAUGAGCGCCAAGACGGACGUCAACAGGCGAGUCCUGGCGAUCCAAGCAAAGAAGAAGCGGCACAAGCCCAGCAAGCGCAAGGGCAAAGGCAGUUCCCAAGGCGAGCAGGACGCUCAGAGCUCCAAGGGGCCGCGGGGCGGCCAGGUGGCGGCCGCCACCGCUUUCGAGUACGCGGACUUCCCCUCGGACGCCCGUCUGCGGCUCGCUUACGCCAACGACAACGGGACCAGAUUGGAACCGUGUCAUAGUUCCAGCAAUGAAACGAUUGAGGACGACGAUGAGGUGCUCAGCAGCGAGGACGAGGAGCAGGAGGACAGCAGCGACUACUGUAAAGGCGGGUACCAUCCUGUGAAGAUAGGAGACCUCUUUCUAAAUCGCUAUCACGUCACGCGCAAGCUCGGUUGGGGUCACUUCUCCACUGUUUGGCUCUGCUGGGAUUUACAGGACAAACGUUUUGUGGCGCUUAAAGUUGUGAAAUCCGCAUCCCAUUUCACUGAGACUGCAUUGGAUGAAAUUAAGUUAUUAAAAGAUGUGCGCGAUACGGAUCCCAUCGAUCCUAAGCGCAAUAAGACCGUCCAGUUGCUCAAUGACUUCAAGAUCAGCGGCAUUAAUGGUCUGCAUGUUUGCAUGGUAUUUGAAGUGCUUGGACAUAAUCUUCUCAAAUUGAUUAUAAAGUCAAACUACAGAGGGAUUCCAAGAAAUAACGUUAAACGCAUCAUCAGACAAGUCCUCGAAGGUCUCGACUAUCUUCAUAAUAAAUGUAAAAUUAUUCAUACAGACAUUAAACCCGAAAAUGUUCUUGUGUGCGUCGACGAGACUUACAUACGGAAAUUAGCUUGCGAAGCAACAGAAUUGCAUUCUAUGGGGGCAAAGUUACCGGUAUCUCUGAUAUCUACCGCGCCGAAGGAGUUUCAGGAGCCCACGCCGAACUCCAAGAUGUCCAAGAACAAGAAGAAGAAAUUGAAGAAGAAGGCCAAGCGCCAAAACGAGCUCCUGAAAAAGCAGAUGGAGCAGAUCGAGGAGCUCGAUGAGCAGAGCAAACUCGUGAAUAGCACGAGAGAGAACGGGGAGGUCGAGACGAACAGUCUCGAUCAGGAUCUCAAUACGGAGAGCAUAGAGGACAAUACGGAGAGCAAAGGUUCACCCGACAUCUCGGAGCCGUCCGCGCCUUCCUUGCACAUGAACGGGGUCGAUGGUUUAGCGGGCGGCGAGAAGAUACAGAAUCCAUCGCCCGAGGAAGAAUCCGAGAAGAUGGACAAUGUAACUCUGUGCGACGUGGAGAAAAGCUGCGGUGAAGGUGUGCUACCACCCGAUCCGGAGGACACCGACGAGUGCAGCGAAGGUGGAGUAAUCGCCGCGAGCUCGCUCUUGCCUUUCCUAUUUUUUUGGCUCCGAUUCUACUUGGUCAUUAUACUCACUAUACUUGUAGGUCGCAGAUCGUUAAAUCCACCGGAGAGUAAACAAUUGAAACGGGCGUCCGUGUCGCCCCUGGAUCCCGCCAUAAUGGAGUGUGAGGUCGACGUGAAGAUAGCGGAUCUCGGAAACGCGUGUUGGGUUCAUAAGAAAUUCACGGACGACAUUCAGACUCGUCAGUACAGGUCGCUCGAGGUUCUGUUAGGCUCGGGAUACGACACCUCUGCCGAUAUAUGGUCCACCGCUUGUAUGGCGUUCGAACUGGCGACCGGUGACUAUCUCUUUGAACCGCACAGCGGCAAAGAUUAUUGCAGAGAUGAAGAUCAUUUGGCCCAUAUUAUCGAAUUGCUAGGAGAAAUACCAAGACGUAUCGCACUCUCGGGAAAAAACUCGAAGAUAUAUUUUAAUAAGAAGGGUGAAUUGAAGCACAUCACCGGAUUAAAGCCGUGGGGCCUGUAUGAAGUGUUGACGGAGAAGUACGACUGGACGCCAAGCGAAGCGCGCGAGUUCGCAGAGUUCCUAACACCGAUGCUCGAGUUCAAUCCGAGCAUGCGAGCUACCGCAGCCGAGUGCCUGAAGCAUCCGUGGCUGCAAAUCAAAAAGUGAUCGCGUUUUUUAUUGUUUUACCUGUAACAUCCCCCUCAACUUUCAUCUCGGUCCUUACCACCGCCGCCCAAAUGUCGCAAUCACAAAAUCAAGAGAGUGUGUAAUAGGAAGCCGGAAACAUUUGCGUCACGUUAAGUGUCAUUUUCGUACUGAAAAAAAUCAUACUUCACGUACGAUGGAGCAAGUGUACAUUAUUUCACGAGUGUACGCACACUAGAAAAACUGUUUGAUAUACGAAUUACGGAAACGAAUUGUAACAUAUUAUAUUAUAUUAAUCAUACGUACGAUACGAUACGAUACGAGCGUGUCUCCGCCUGGGGAAAAUGUUACGAAACCGAAAACGUUUCGAGAAGAUUGUUAUAUACCCUUUACAAACGGUGAUUUGACAAUAUCGCGAAAGUCGCCCCCCCCCCCGCCCUCCCCACAAGGAAACCUCUCGAGCGUAGCGAGAGCGAAGUGUCGCAAAAUCCGGAAAUUCGUUCGAGACAAAGAUCUUGCAACAUUCCGCUAACUUCUAUAUAUAACAGCCGCGCGCGUGCUUCCUAACGUAACACUCUCAACACAUCGGCUGACCAUUUGUGUAGCUAGACUUGUUAAAUCAUAUUUUUAAUCAGUGAUGAGAGAAGUUAAAUUAAAAAAAUAUCAUAGUACUUUAUACAUACAUACAUAUACAUAUUACUUUACACAUUUCUGUUGCAUACUUCGUGCUUGUCAUUUAAUUUAUCUGCGAAUUAUUCCAAGAGUCGUGGGACCUACUCGGGAAAUGUAUUGAGGGUUCACGGGCGGGCUCGAUACGUACGUCUGGUUUAAAAUUAGGACUCAUUGCCUUGACUCAGUUAUCCGUAUGUAAUUUUAUAAACCGCACACCGGUCGCUCUCUCUGUAAAUUCUUGCCAACAAAUUGUCGGGAGAUCGCAAUGUGACAGAAGUGGCUACUUAAUUAAUAUUUUAUGUCUACCUCAAUGUAUACUUGAGCCGAUUAGAAAUACUCAUGAACGUACACGCGGGUAAACAAGGGACACUCGCAUACGCAUGUAAAUUCAAGUAAAUGGAUUUGUAUAUUGUACAGAUAAUUAAAAGAGUCGGUCACUAGAUUCUUGGUACACUAUAAUUAACGUGGACGCCAAUUGGGAUAAGAUGAUGCAUGCACGACACGUUUGCGAGUCACUCGAUUCGAUGUAAAAUUGAUUUGAUUUGUAAGAUAAUGAAAAAAGAAAUAGCUCUUUCAUUAUUCUCCAGAGGCAACUAAAUUUGAUUAUUGACUGCACCAUCGGUAAGAUCGCAAUUGCGUACUGUACGUAUCAUAAGAUAUAGCAUAAGUUUACAAUUAAAAACUAUCAAUUAGAAAAAAAAUUCCAACGUAUGAUCACGUAUAUGUAUGGCAAUAAGAUUAACAUCAUUGUAUGCAAUAUUUGCGACUUUUGCAUGAGAAAGAUGUUGUGCAAUUUGUCUUGUUCCAUUGUGAUGCCCCGUGAUGCCGACAUAAUGACGAAUAUUUCUGUUUGUUACGAACUUUUGUUAAUCCAAACACCGUAUACAUAAUGUACAAUUACAAAGAGCAAGAGAGUGUAUAUCGCAGAUAGGGUUUUGGUGCAAACGCAGUGAACAAUCUUAACGAGAACAUUGAGUUUCGUACGAACCUUUUUGCUUGUUUUGGUGAAUACUGACUGACUGACUACUGAGCUCUCUGCCGAUAAUGUCUUCUAUUUUGUAAAAACGAAAAAAAGCGAAGCAGUGCGUUCAAUUGGACCCCUACAUAAAUUAUUACACACGUCGACGAAUUCGAUUCAUGCUUCCGGCAGAAUGUUCUGUCUUUCGCUUUGUCUGCCAGUUCAAAGUCGUUUCGUAAAAACAUUCGAUCGAAUUGCGUGGAGAUGCGUGCGUACGUGGAAAUCAUUAUAAUGUAUAAAUACCUUGUCACUUAUUGCGAUUACAUCAUCCCGGGUAAAAGAGGAAAAUACUCUCGUAAAAAUACACAGCGUUAUGAUCUGUUUUAACACCUUGCAUUUUUUAUUUAUUCUAUUUUCGAUCAACUUUAAUUAAUGACGUCUCUAUUCGAUUGCGCGAUUACUUCAACACGAAUCUGUAUAGACACGCAAAUUUUAAUUUAUUAAAAAUCGACGAGUUUAUUCUUAAGUGUUUUGUUUAUUGAUUUCCAUUAUGUUCUUUCGGACACUCAGGCAUCAUUAUUAAUUUAACAAUGAACUUUAUGUAUGUAUAUGUUGCGACUGAAAUAUUAAAAGAGCAGGCACUCGCUUUUUAAAGCUGCUAAAUUUUUAGUACAAAAGAUAGGCAGUAGAUUAGGCGAGAGAUUUGAUGAAGAAGUGCCUCUUCUACCCGCGCUACAAUUAAUAUCGGAUACGUAACGAUGCGUUUAUAUGCAACUUAAUCUGUUGAUGCAAAUUCGACGCAGUCUAAAAUUUGUGUUACAUGUUAUCUGUUUAUAUGUUAUUUUUGUAUUUUUCCUGCAACAGUUACAUAGCUGUUUCGUGAAUCUCAUGUCUCCGAUGACACGGUGAUCGUAGCGAAUCUGUACAUAAUGAAGACCUUAGUGGAUAAUAUUCAAUAUCGUUUUAUGAGAAACACGGCCGAUGAAAUCCGUUAUUAUUAUAUAAAGAGAAGGGCAGCGAUCACAACUCGAUUUGAUAGUCAAUUUUCUCAUUAAUAUCUCCUCGUUACGCGUAAUAGAGAAAGUAUUUCUAAAUCAAACUUGACAUGGAGCUUUCGCUCGAUCAUGCUUGAGCCCUAAUGUCACUUGUAAGAUUUCAGAAUUCGCGUAAUUUGAGAAACUCUAGAAAUCCGUAAAUUCCGAGAAUCUGUGCAUCUCGUUGAGGGUCGAAUAUUUAAGGACAAGGAUCGGAACCGGUACAAUUUCGAGCAAAUUCAAGCUUUAAAUAUUAUAUAGACACGUAAAGAGGAACGGCAUAACUAUAAAUAGAGCAACUAAAUUGCUUAAUAUUGAAAUUAGAGUUAUUCGUAAAAAGAACUCGAUUUCACAUUAUUUCAAUACCAUUUCUUGAAACGUGUAUUAAAAAUUAAAAAGAAAAGUUCACAUGAAUAUUACGACGAGUAAAGGAAUCAUUCCCGCGUGUUUAUAGUAUAAGACUGUUAAAUAACUUGGCCAAGUUAUAUAUACCGGUUUCUAUCUUCAGUUAGAAGAUACUGAGGAAGUAUCGAUCGAAGUGCGCUGAUGAAGAGAGCGCACGCUUCUGUCGAUACGUUAUGGCACAAAAAGCAUAAUUAACAUGAAUCAGAUUGUUGAAUAGGAUUGACACCUUAGACGACGACGAGCCAGUGCGUAGGCAUCGAGAUCGCAGCGAGAUCAUCAUUAGAUUAAACCGAAGCUCAAUACCACACAUUGCUGACGGCUAGUCUACCGAUUUCUGUGACCGUGUGCGACUUCGCGUCAUCACGUCGAUAGACCAUUCUCGUCCUGAUCACAUAGAUAAUGUUAAUUAUUUCAUAUUAAUAUAUCAUAUGUACCAUACAUAUAUAUAUUAAUAUCUUUAGCGCUCUCUAUAAAUAUAUAUAAACUCAUAUGGAUAUAUAUAUAUAUACAUAAAAAGAUAACUUACGUAGGUGUGACUCGCUGCUUGGCGUUAGUCUAUAGUUAGGAGGAAAUUAACAAACAAUAACAGUAAACUGUGUAUAGAUCUUGAUGUACGAGAUAUCCCCAUCCGUCUCUGAGUUUCGAGCGGAUAAUUUUAUUUGUGAAAAGUAGAGAGAGAGAGAGGAGGAAGGGACAGAGGAAACAUGAGACAGUCUCAAAGCGCUCCUUUGCCAUAAAGGAGAUUGAGAUUUCUCGGGUAUAUAUACAUACUAUAUAUAUAUAUUCGCCAAUGUGAAUGAUCAGGGAUGGUCGGACGAGAGGGAAAACGGUGUAUAAUAUACAGGGACCCAAUAUUGAAAUUCACCAGGGACUCAUGUUCCAAUCGGUAGAUUCUAAACGUUGUUUCGAGCAAGACGGACUUGCUUAAUCAGAUAUACUAAUCGUUGAAGACUUUGAAAGUGUUAAUCUGAUGCAAUGCACCAAUAUUUAUGAAUUAUAAUACUUUGGGAUCGGAGCAACCAAUAUCACAUUAUGUUUUAAAGAUGAACGUAUAUUCUAUAUUAGGAUCCUAGAAAUGAAAUUGGAAGGAGGCGACACGUGGCAUCUAUCGAACGCGCCUAUUCGAGCACGUCAAAUAGAUCUUCGACAUUUCUUUUCUUCGCGGUCGAGUUCGACAUUGGUUGCUGUCUCGUUCCAAAAAUGAUUGAUGGUACACGAUACAUUGUACGACGCUAAACGCACAGCGAAACUCUAUCGUGGGAGUCGUCGGUCGUUCUUAUAAACGCUGAGACGUGCGGAUCCGUAUCAACUGCCUUCAGCAGUGAAUAUCGGUAACAGGACGCGUGAAAACAAAAAUCUGAAGACGAGGACUGAGGAAUGUGGCCUUGAUCGAGGAGGAGGAUCACGUCGACGUAAUAAAAUUACAAUCGCAAAUGCUUUGUCGAAAGGAUAUUGUUGCGCGGUCUCCUCUUUAAUCUUAAGAAGACAAAAGAAAUCUCGAGGAAAUUGGAGUUGCGACGUGGCACGCGUGAAAAUUUUUCGAACGAGAGGAGGAUCAGAGAGCUGCUUUGCUACCAAACACCAAGUUUUAUUAUAUAUAAGUCGCAACGCGCGCGCGAGAUAUUGUAAAUAUUACGAGGAUAAAUCCGGCGCAGAGUUUUGCACAUUUUUAGAAGAGAGCUCGCGAUAUUAGAGUCCACGACGACGAUCGAAUCGCAGAGGGCUGGCAGAGAUCCCUUCGAAUGGAUCGCAAUAAAAUGUACCAGCGACUAUAUAUAUAUAUAUAUAUAUUGGAUUAAUCACUCGGAAAGACGCACGUAUUCGGUCGCGCGAGAGACGCAAAGUCAGCAUACGAUAAUAUUAUUAUUAUCUCACUGAUUGGUACAUAGUCAUACUGGUCUCGUAGCGUUAUAGAGCCAUUUAAACUCUGCAUGCUUAGCCAAUUUGCGUCCGCCGACAAGUCCGUGAGGGCCCGUCGCGACGUUAAUAAGGGUGUAAAACUAUCGAUACAGGCGCGCAUAGGCGUUUACGAUACGUGACGGUCAUCUUUACAAGUUUAUCGAGCUGAAACGGGACAUGCAAAUUAUAGCGAACUGAACCCGGAUGACGUGUGCGAGAAAAACCGACUGGAGCAUCGGGACAGAGAAGCAGCGCCGGCGUUUUGCCGCGCUUCUCUCCCAGACAAUAUCCCAGAUUAGCGCGAUAAAAAUAUGCCCUUUGUCACGACUACUGGCUGGGCGAUUAAAUCGCGAGAGGACCGGAGGGAUGGAGCUCGCUUGGUUGACUAAUCAAUCCACCUGAUCGCGUCGCACGAGUUGUACAUGACCCCAAGAUACGAAGGAAUAUAAGAGAAAUUGUAGCGUCGCGCGUCGUUAAGUCUUGCUUGAAAUAAAUUGCUUGAAUUAAUUUCAGAGAUUAAUGUAGAAACUUGAGUAAUUUCAUUUGUCAGUCGCACGUUAAAGCGAGUGUUUUUUUUAUCCGCUAUUCAUCGGAGCCGUACGAUUACUUUCUAAUAGGAGAGAAUAGUCAUCCUUGUGCAAAGAACUGUCGCUUUCUCAAUUGUGUCACAGUCUCGUAUCCGAAACACCCGUGACACGAUUGACUCUCCAUUCUCUGUAUUCAACAAUAUCGCGUAGCGAAUGAAUAAUUGUCAUCAGUCUGAAUUUCGUUCUUUCUUCUUUUGCAGCACGAUUGUUUAAAGAUGUAUAUCAAACUGCAUUCGUUCGUCCGAGAGCGUACCGUACAAUCAAAGUCGUGCAAACUCUUCUCAUGGUACGUGUACGAAUUACGAUGCCGCGAAGAAGUCUCAAGAACACCGAAUAAUCAUGGCUAAUGUAUUGUAUACUAAUGUCUUAUGCUCCAGUCGCUCAAUGUACGACCACGCGAGGCAUUAAAAACUCUAGAACAUAAUAAAAUAGCGAUAACGAAUCGAACGAAUAAAUGGAUUUGAUGUUUAGACGCUGCCUCCGUUAUGUGCCCUGCCGCAAAAAAAAGACACAGGAAACCAUGUAUUCACCCUCCGAGAGCGAUAUAUAUAAUAUGAAAAAUAAAUUCGCAACAAACUAAACUA